GCGUGGCCACGGCGGGACUUGCCCGGGCAUGUGAGCGCGGCGGCUUCCGGGUAAGACACGUGGGAGCCGCGCCGGGGCUGGAGACGGUGGGGGAUGCCUCCUGGUAAAGGGCAGAUGACCCCACUGCUGCCUGCUCCAAAGGUCUCCAUGCCCACCCCACAGGGCACCCAUGAUCCCGCCACAAGGAGAUGCGCUCAGCCCCCGGAGGGCCCCAGCUCACCACAGGGUUGCAGCAAGAAGAAGAGCCGCAAGCAUCAGCGAUUCAUGGAGCGCCGGGCACUGCUGGAGCAGAAAGGGCUGCUGAGACGGCGUCUGGGCAGCCAGGCCUUUGUGACAGGGACAGAGGCACACAGCACGCUCACCAAAGCAGGUGGCACCACAGCACCAUAUUGCGGGAAGGUCUCCAAAUCCAAACAGGUUGCCUACUCGUCCCUGCCCCGAUCUGCCUCUCCAGACAGCAUAGCCAGGCACCACUCUGUGCUGCUGUCCCAGGGGAGUGGCAGCUCCAAGGGGGUGCAAAUGUCCUCACCACUUCUGCGCCCAGGCAAGUAUGUGGCCAUUGACUGUGAGAUGGUGGGCACUGGUCCUCAGGGCAAGCUGAGUGAGCUGGCGCGGUGCUCUGUGGUGAACUAUGAGGGGGACGUCAUCUAUGACAAGUAUGUCCAGCCUGAGCUCCCCAUCAUGGACUACCGGACACGGUGGAGCGGCAUCACCAAGCGGCACAUGAAGAAUGCAAUUCCCUUCAAGGUUGCCCAGAUGGAGAUCCUGAAGAUCCUGAAAGACAAGAUUGUGGUAGGACACGCCAUCCACAAUGACUUCCAAGCCCUGAAGUACUUCCACCCGAAAGACAGGACCCGAGACACCAGUCGUAUCCCCAUGCUGAACCAGAAGGCAGGGCUACCCAGCAAGGCUAGUGUCUCCCUCAAAAGCUUGGCCAGGCACCUGCUCCAGAAAAAGAUCCAGGUCGGCUGCAAAGGGCACUCAUCAGUGGAGGAUGCUCAGACAGCCAUGGAGCUGUACAGACUGGUGGAGGUGCAGUGGGAGACCGAGCUAGCCCGUAGCCUGCCGCCCCGGCCCCCCAGUCCUGUCACAGACCCCACCACAGACAGCAGUCAGUACAUGGAUGACCGAUAUUGGCCCACGGACCUGAUGACAAGCAGUCUGUGAUGGGGGAUGGCAUCUCCUCCAUGUUCUUUGGGCCAUCCUGAUGCCUUCAGCUAUUAAAGGUGGAGGUGACUGCUGAUCUCCUCCUCUGGAGCUUGUGCUCCACAUGCUCUGCCCAGCAGCUGGAUGUGCUGUAGACAGCAGCACAGGGGAGUCAGGCACCCCCAGCCCUGCUAAAGGUUGGAAAAAUAGUGGCACUUGGGCACUGGCGAUGUCCCUGAAAUACUGUCUGCAGCCUAUUGCUGCCACACAGAAAUAAGUGCUGGGGCUGUGCUGUGUUCAUCUGUCACCUAAUGCUUGGGGAUGCCCAGGGUUCUGGUGUGAGCCUGGAGGAACCCCACUGGGUAUCCAGCGGCAGUGGGCUGGGGCAGAUAGGACACCUCCUGUGUCCUCUGGGCAAGGAGAUUUCCCCUGUGGUGGGUGAAUGGCAAGUCUUCCUUUGGGGGGGGGCUUGAGGUGUCUUCCUGAUGCUCGAAGGCUGCAAACCAUCUGGGGGCAGUUAAACAACCAGUUUCCUUCUCAAUUACUUUGCACAGUGAAGCCCAUAAAGAAAGUCUGGGUCUUGUCUGUGUCCAGCCUUGAUAAGACCCUAGGAUGCACUUCAUUUUUAAUAGACUGCUCAUGUGUCUGUCCAAUUCUGAAUUAAAAACUGU